AUGCGUCGAGAUCAAGGUAUUGAUGGGCUUCUGUGCCACUACUGUCGUGCUGGGUCCAGGGAUGGGUUUCGGUUACAGCGCCGUGGCGGAGCCUGCGAUGAAAAUUCCAAAAAUCGACGAUUUAUAUCUAGACGAAGGCCAGGCAAAUUGGAUGACUACUAUAUCGGCGUUUGGUACGCCCAUAGGUUGCAUAGUCUCGAGUCUUGUGAUGAGACGAGGAAGAAGGACCAGCAUGUUUGCGACGUCGUUCAUCUCGCUGGUAGGUUGGGUGACAAUUUACCUGUCGAACAGUUACGAGCUGAUUCUGGUGGGAAGAGCGAUUUCCGGUGUAGCUACCGGCAUGUCAUCCGUCCCGACGACGGUGUACUCGGCGGAAGUAGCCGGCUCGAAGUGGCGAGGCACAAUGGUCACGUGGACCAGCGUCUGCACCGCUUUCUCAGUUCUCAUCGUUUACAUCUUUGGAUAUUUUUCAAGGACGACUGGCGAUCAGUGGCCUUGAUAUGCGCUGUAUUUCCAGUGAUAGCGAUUUCUCUGAUUAUACUAGUGUUACCCGAGUCGCCGCUAUGGCUGCGAGAUCAGAAUCGACCUGAAGAAGCGCUGGAGAUCAUGAAAAGGUUCCGCGGCAUACCAAAGGAUCAACCGGCCCCGGCGGAACUUAUAUUGGAGUUGAAGCCGCGGCCGCAGAAGAAGAAUCAGAAUCUGCUGCAGCACCUGGUGAAGAGAAGUUCCCUGGUGCCGUUCGGAAUAAUGCUCAGCUACUUCUUCUUUCAACAAUUCUCCGGAAUCUUCGUCGUCAUAUACAACGCGGUUGGGAUUAUGCAGAAGUCCGGAAUCCAGAUAGAUCCUUACAUCGGCGCCAUUCUGAUAGGCGCCUCGCGUUUCUCAGUCAGUCUUUUAACGGCCUUUAUAUCCCGGAAAUACGGUCGACGAAUACCGUCGAUAAUCUCCGGCAUCGGAAUGACAAUUUUCAUAGGCUGCCUGUCGAUCUACCUCUAUCUGUCCGAAAAUGGAAUUGAAAUGUCGGACAACGGGAUAAUACCGGUAGUGUGCAUGAUGAUGUACAUCUUCACGAGUGCUCUAGGUUACCUGAUCAUUCCGUUCGCCAUGGUAGGCGAAAUAUAUCCGUCCAAAGUUAAGGACAUACUGUCCAAUCUGACGGUCGCUAUUGGUUACAUCUUCAGCGCGAUAACCGUCAAGACGUAUCCGGACAUGGAGAGACUGAUGAACAUGGAAGGCGUGUUUCUCUUCUUCGCGAUUAUCUCUUUCAUCGGCGUGAUAUUCAUCUGGUUCUUCCUGCCCGAGACGAAGGGAAAGACUCUGCGCGAGAUCGAGGACAUGUUCUCGAAGAAGAAGGCCUUUGAAUUACCGGCGGAAUUACCGAUAGUCGAAGGAAAAAAAGCUUCGAAUGCCGUUGAUUCUCAAAGAAAUUAAGAAUAUUUAUUGCUUAUAUGGACGAAAGAAAUAUAUAGCAAAUUGCAAUUAGUAUUUGAAGGAAAACGAGAUCGAAGCACUCAACAUUACGAAUAUUGCGUGAUUGACGUUGACGAAAUAAACGUCGUUUUGCAAUGCCUCGAGAUGCAAUGAUGAAUGAAAUAAGAAGAGCUUCUUUAAAUUACUGAGAUACUUCACUAUUUAUUUUAAAUAUGUGAGAUUUCUCCUUAAUGUGUUUAGAUUUUUUGUAAAAAUUUGAGAAAAAGUAACGUAAAUAUAAAAAUAUCAGCGUUUACAAAAGGAGAAAUAAAACAUUACAAAGGAGCUCUUGUUUUCAAAAUGAUGACAUAAACAAUGUUAGAUAUCAAAAUUUAGUUUUAAAUCUAAAAUGUGUUCGCAAAUUAUGUAAAUUUAGAGAUUAAAUUUUUCUACUAGUCUGAAAUUCACAUAAAGGAAAUCUCCAGAAUCUCCAGAAAAAUGAAACAACACAUAUUAUACUAUUUUAUUAAAAUUCAAUAUUUACCGUUUAAUAGUUUGAGUAUAUUUUCAAAGUAAAAUCCAAGUUUUAAUAACAUCAUUAUAUCGUAAAUACUUUUUCACAGAGAGAUUGAUUAAAGAGUCAUCGUAUUGCUAAAGAUGUAAAAAAUAAUAUGACGUAAAGUGUC